CGAUGGCUCCUGGUGUGCCCCCGCCGUCAUCGGCCCCGCAGAAUAUGAUGCAUUACCAGAUGCAGCCUAUGAGACCGUACGCACCGAUGCCUAAUGGAUACGCACCCAUGUCCACUGGUGCUCCCCAAGGCGCCUUACCUGUGUCUUGAUUGAAUUCGGUGAGAAAGGUUGGAAGGCUUGCUUCAUAUUGCUUUGAGAACCCCCCAUCUACAACUCCUUUUUUGGUAUGCACAUAUUUUGAAGUUUUAUUCAAGCUCAAGUUGGUCUGGAGUUCAAAAUAUAAAUGAAUAUUCCCAAAAUUCGGAAAAUUUUACUGUUCAGUUUGUCAUGCUAAAGUUACAUUACUAUGUCGUGUUUAUUUGAGUAGGAUGCUUUCUGGUAAUUUUAAGGAUACUUUCCCUUUCAUGGGUUUAUGAAUUGCCAGAAGCAGACCAUGUUUGCAACUGAGUGCUCAUUGCCCUUGUGUUCUAAGGUACUGAAGUCUUUCUAUCCAUAGAUACAUAUAUAUGUCCAUCAUCCAUUCAUCUGACAAUCAAUCAAUCUAUUUAUAAAUACAUGUAGACAUCUAAUCAUGUGUUUAUUUGUGCAUGUUUGUUAAAAUUUUGUUUUUAAUCUUCUAAUGUUCUCAUGCUGCAUUGCAUACUGCUAACCUUUUGAGAUGAAUUAAACUGUCGGUAUAUCAAGUAUGUUUAAUUCUCAUCAACCCCUAUAUGCAUGAGAUGUUGGAGGUUUUAUUUUACUUGAGAAGGCUACUUUGGUCUAAGUGGAUGUGCAAGGUAAGCACAAUUUAUUCAUUCAUGGUUUAUGAACACGAUGCUGCUUCUUAAUGUUUCCUUCAGGUUAUCUGUUCAGCUGGUGGUAGUUGCUAUGCCUGUGCUGCCAUCUAUAAUAUGCUUUUAAUGUGUGGUAACAAAAGUCAUUAUUUAGAGUCAUACUGUAUUUCAUACAUCUGUUUAGCUUGGGGAGGGUCACCUAUCUAUCAUUGGAUCCAGUUCAUAAGCGUUCUCUGACACAUUUGCAAGAUAUUUAUUUGUGUUUUUGUAGGACUUCCUCGUUAUCCUUCAUAUCAUCCAAUGAUUCGGACCCCGUUUCCUCCACGCCCACCGGGAGCAACUGGUUUGCUUCAGCGUGCCCCUGUUCCUGGGAUUCCUGGAGUUCGCCCAAUUAUCCCUCCUGUUGUUAGGCCGAUUCUUCCUAUUGUCACUCCAGCUGAGAAACCACAAACCACUGUUUAUGUUGGGAAGAUAGCACCAACGGUGGACAAUGAAUUUAUGAAAUAUCUCCUCCAGUUGUGUGGACCUGUCAAGAGUUGGAAACGUGCUCAAGAUCCCACAGAUGGUACUCCUAGGCGCUUUGGGUUCUGCGAAUUUGAAUCUGCUGAAGGGGUUCUUCGGGCAUUGCGUCUUCUCACUAAUUUGAGCAUUGAUGGGCAGGACCUUGUUUUAAAUGUUAAUCAAGCAACAAGAGAGUAUCUGGAGAGGGUUGUUAAAAAGAAGACUGAAAACUCAAAGAAGCUCAAAGAAGCUGAAGCAGCUGAGAAAGGUGAUGGAAGUGCACUAGACGUUGAGAAGAUUGUACCUUCAAAUCCUUCUGUACAAGACUCAAAGGAGGAAGAUGGUAAUUCGAGUAACAAAGAAAAUGACCCUGCCAAUUUUGGUAUUGUGACUGACGAAGACAAGGAAGCUGACCGGGAGGCUAUGGAGAAGCUUACAAGUUUGAUAGAGGAGAGAAUAAAAAACAAACCUCUCCCUCCUCCGCCACCUACACCAGCCCCUGGUGAUGGUACUAGGAAUUCAAACUCAGCGCUGCCAGCUAAAUCAAGGGAUGGAGACUCUGAUGUUGAUAUAACGAGAAAUGAUGCUUAUGAAGAAAAAAUUGAUGAAGAGAUAACUAGUGACAACAAAACAACAAGCGAGCAGGGGAGCCCUCAAACAAGCUCACAUGAUAGGAGCAGAAAGCAAGAUCGGAGGAGCAGAGACAAUGAGCGAGAUAUGAAACGGGAAAAGGAGCGUGAGAUUGAAAGAUACGAAAGAGAAACAGAGCGAGAACGGGUACGGAAGGAGAAGGAGCAAAGGAGAAAACUGGAGGAUGCUGAGCAUCAGUAUGAAAAAUGUCUCAAAGAUUGGGAGUAUAGGGAAAGGGAGAAAGAGAAACAGAGGCAGUAUGAGAAGGAGAGGGAGAAAGAGAGGGAACGCAAACGGAGGAAAGAGAUAAUUUAUGAAGAAGAUGAUGAGGAUGAAGAUUCCAGAAAAAAAUGGAGGAGAAGUGUGUUGGAGGAGAAGAGAAAGAGGAGACUACGGGAGAAAGAAGAAGACUUAGCUGACAGGCAGAAAGAGGAAGAAGAAAUUGCUGAUGCUAAAGGGAGGGCUGAAGAGGAAAAGCAGCUGCAGCAAGAGAGAGAUGCAUUGAGGGAUUCAUCUGGCCAUGUUGCAAAUGGAAGCGAAAAAGCUGCUUUGGCUGAAGAAUUCGGUGUGCAACUGAAAGAUAAGGCAACUGAACAGGAUAAUGGGGGUGAUUCUGGUCAUGAGAAUCAUAUAGGUGAUGGGACUUUACAAAAUGGUAACAGUGAUGAUGAGUCAACCAUGACUUCAGUUUCUGCAUCAGAACCGCAGCAGAGUGGCAGUGCCCCAGCAAAGAAGUUGGGUUUUGGCCUACUGGGUUCUGGAAAACGUACCGCUGUUCCUUCUGUUUUCAAUGAGGAGGAUGAUGAUGCACACAAGGACAAAAAAAUGAGGCCCCUGGUUCCCAUUGAUUAUUCAACCGAAGAACUACAGGCUGUCCAACCAAUUUCUGGGACAGCUCCAUCAAAUUUGGCUGCAGCGGCUGAAUUCGCAAAGCGAAUAUCAAAUGCUAGUUCUAAAGAAGAGAAGCCAGUUACAGAGAAGGAAAGAAGUAGACGUUCUAAUGAUAGGUCAAGCCACCGGGAUAGGGACCAGAAUGGUGAUGACUCUAAUCGGACUAGAGAUGAGCACAGGGAGAAGACUAUUGACCGUGAUACGGAUCGAGACCAUGCGAUGAAUAAACCAAGGACAAAGGAUAAUAAGAAGCUUUUGGAUGCAAAACAACUGAUCGAUAUGAUUCCAAAGACAAAGGAGGAAUUAUUCUCCUAUGAAAUAAAUUGGGCUAUUUAUGAACAUCAUGCACUACAUGAACGCAUGAGACCAUGGAUUUCGAAGAAGAUUACGGAAUUCCUGGGAGAGGAAGAGACCACACUGGUAGAUUACAUUGUAUCUAGUACUCAGGAACAUGUUGGAGCAGAACGCAUGCUACAGCUGCUUCAAUCCAUUUUAGACGAAGAAGCCGAAAUGUUUGUUCUCAAGAUGUGGAGGAUGCUCAUCUUUGAAAUUAAGAAGGUCGAGACAGGUCUGGCUUCAAGAACAAGAACUUAAUAGUUUUCUCUAGUCAGUUGUACUUUUGCUGCUGUAGACCCGAGUCUUGUUAGCAUAAUACGUCCUUUGGCCUCCAGCGUCGUUACCUAGGAUGGAUAGCAUAGAUGGCCGUCAAGGCUAAACUAAAUUCUUUCUGUUUGUGUUGCUUCACAAUACAUUUUGCUCCAUAAGCUAUUAACACCCGCUGUUUUGUUUCCUCACUCUUGUGGGUUGUUUGUAGCUUUGGAAUCUAUCAGAUGUCCUAUUGCUGUUUCUUUCCAAAAUUUUACUUAUAUUUAUACUGGCACUUUCAUUCAGGCCAUUGUA